AUGAAUGGAGAUGCAUCAACAUGCAUCAACAACCCAGAAACGGUUAAAAAUGGCAAACCUAUCUAUAAAUUAAUAGACAGAGCUCCUAAUCUUGCUGAAAUAAUACAAAAGAAAUCUUAUGCUUUGUUAUACGACAACCGAACCAGGAAUGCUGCAUGGGUGUAUGAGAUAUUGAACACGAGUACAUUAUCCAAGGAAUAUAAAAAGAAGCAACGUCCAUUCUUUGAAGUGGAUAACUCAGUUCAUCCAUUCUAUCGAGCAAAAGAGAGCGGAAAGGAGUUUAUAGGUGGUUAUGACAGAGGUCAUCUUGCUGCGGCAGCCAAUCACAGGUGGUGUCAGGAAGCCUUUGAGGACACUUUUUCGAUCAGCAACAUGACACCACAGCAUGAGAGCUUAAACGGACCCAUCUGGAGUAAGCUGGAAGAAGAUUGUCGAGAAAAAAUAUUAGAACGCAAAAGUGAGAUCCGUAAUGUCCAUGUGUACACUGGACCACUUUACCUGCCAAGAAAUGAUGAUUCAAAUGAGGUGUGUUAUAGGAUGAUAACAGAUAAAGCAGUGCCAACUCACUUCUUUAAGGUGGUAAUUCUGGAGAACAAGGAUGAUACAGUAGAGCUGAAAUGCUAUAAGGUGCCCAAUGAGGAAUUAGCUGAAAAUGAUUUAGAAAAGUACAUAGUGGAAAUUGAAUAUAUUGAGAGCAUCUCUGGAUUGAUCUUCAGAGAAAACGGUUCCAAUCAGGGAGAGAUUGACAGUGAAAGGACUGUGACAUGGGAGGGGAAUGGAUGUGUGGCUGAGUCAAAAGUCAAAAUAAGCACCCCACGUACCAAUAACAUUGAUCGUGCUGACAUCUGA